AUGUCGGCCACCGCUCACGCAUCCAAGACCUACUCUUUCUCCGGUGACAACCUUGACGACAUCCUUGGAGAAAUAGCCAUGGCCAUCCCUAUGCUCCUGGCGCUCACUAUCUGCCCGGCGAUACUAGGGACACAAGAGGCAAUUCGCCAGAGUCAGUCCAAGAAUGAACGGGAGGAGCAUCGCGCACGGCGGUGUAACUUGGUGGUCUCGUGCGUGAAGCAGUCGAUUCGAAGCCGUGACAUCAACGGGAAGCUGGUGGUCUUGAAAGACAACAAGCUUUAUAUCACUACAACACCGACAUUAAGUGACGACGAAGAGGCUCUUCCAGCCAAGGCCGGGUACCCAUUCUCUGGAUACUACUUGCCAUAUCCCGACACGCCAUACGAAGGCAUAGUCAGCACCGUGAGCGAUGAUCCUCCCAUGCUGAACUGGAUAUACGUCGACAAGAACACGUACGAAGUCAAAUACGGCCUCCGAGUUGAUGCGCAGGACCACAUCACCGGGCCUUUUGAUUGCACUCGGCAAGACCGGCGCAUGACACUAGAGGGCUGGGAAGGCUUCGCAGCCGCUGAGGAGUUUCCCGGUGUAUGGGCUCUCUAUUUCGAUCGGGACGACGAUGGUCUGGUCACGAAAGUCCCGAUGGGCACCCGAGUGCUCGAGGUCGAGCUGACCCGGAGAGAGAAGAAGGAGCGCAAGCCCGAGCCCGAUCCGAGUCAGGCGCAGACACUGGACGAGAAGAUGAAGCAGCACAAGGAAAAUACGCAGAAAGAGGAGGAAGACAGACAAGCUUUCUACCAGACCGAGGAUCUGCAAGCCCAGGCUAAUGAGCAGCCUGCAGCGGUGCAGCAGGAAGACACUCCAGCUGCUAUAGAGGGACGGAUAGGCCAACUCAGUAUCGACGCGAAAGCCUCUUCGAACUUGCAAGAGCAUCUCUCACCAACUACGACUCGCUCACCCAGCGCACUGACGGACAACCUCUCUCUCUGGUCUGCCGCAAGGGGAGCGGGUGAGGCUGACGACACAGUCUCCGUCACAGUAGCUAGCUCUGUCAUGGACAGGAACGAUGCCCCUGAGGCUGGCGCAGCAGAAACAGAAGAUCAGGGGUACAAGAAGCCGUAUGUAGAGGAGGCUGUUGCCGAUGAUGCGGAAGACGAUGAUGUCGAUAGAUAG